CUCAUCAAUGAUGCCUUCUACUACUUAUGGGUUCUUCCCUUUCCCAUGCGUCUCUCCUUUCUUCUUUCCUAAUUAAUGUAACUCUACAUAACGUUACUUACAUAGUAGGUGUAGUAUAUAUAUCUAGAGAAGGAACCUGUUGGCAAUGGUUAACCUACCGGAAAGGCUAUUUGGCUUUGUCGUCUCAGCUCUUGCCUACUGUUUCUUUCAAUAUCAUCGUCAUCAAGACUCCAACCACUAUCGCCCCAAAAGCUCCAACAACGACAAUAUCAGCUACAAAAUGCCCAAGACCAAGGCUCGACCGCUUUCUUUGCAGUGUUGGUUGGAUGAGUUUGCAGACAGUGGAGCUGAAAGUGAGGAUGUGCUGCAGUGGCUGCGAGAGAGUUGUCAAGGACGCCAUCCACAAACUCAGAGGGGUGGAUUCAGUCGACGUAGAGCUGGAGAUGGAUAAGGUGACAGUAAUUGGGUACGUGGAUCGAAACAAGGUGCUGACGGCGGUGAGAAGGGCGGGAAAGAGGGCAGAGUUUUGGCCCUAUCCAAAUCCCCCGCUCUACUUCACUUCCACCACCAACUACUUCAAGGACACCACCAGCGAUUUCAAAGAGAGCUACAACUACUGGAGGCACGGCUACAAUGCUGCCGACAGGCACGGCAGUCUUCCGGUCACUCAACGGGGAGACGACAAGGUCAGCAACAUGUUUAACGACGAUAAUGUAAAUGCCUGCUGUCUCAUGUAAUCUCUUAUGUUGCCGCCAAAAAUAAGAAAUAAAAAAUCAGGGAAUGUGCGUUUUUUUUCCCCAUCCCAUCUGAAGCUAGUGCUAGUGAAGGCCCAUUCAAUUCUCGUUAUAAGAUAAGUUUAGUGCGGGAUUGUGCGUCUCUCGUCCAGAGAAUAGUAGUACUGCCUUUUAUGAGGCCGUCUGUUGCCUUGCAACGUUGUAUUUAGAUGCCCCCAGGUAACAAACACAGUCAAGAUAAAUGGGCCGGGCCACUACCUUUAGGCGACCAGGCCGGCCUCACAGUAAGCUAGGAGGGUUGUCUCGAUCCAUAGCUAAACAACAAUUGGCGACGUAUUUGUUUUCUUUCAAAUCAAAUCGAGAAUCGAAGAGAGUAGCAGCACAUAUUCA